AUGGAAGUCUUACGACCACUCUCCGCAUCAGAAUGCGAAAUCUGCUCCCAGGAAUACAGUGAUACCGUAAUCCCCCGGAUUUUGACUCAAUGCGGGCAUACUGUAUGCGAGGUGUGUGCUGGAAACCUGCUGGAUGACGAGAACAGCAAGAUCACUUGCCCGAUUUGCAGACAAGAGACUGUCGUUAAUGGGACAGUGGAGAGUCUUCCGAAAAACUUCACCGUGUUGCAGAUGGCACGUGGCAAUGAGGAAGCAUAA